AUGCCUCUUUUCGGUCGACGGUUAUUUCAUCUAAAUGAAGAUGAUAAAACUGAAAAUGAAGAAGUCUUCACCAUUGAACAUACCGGAGAAACAUUUCACAGUAGAUCAUUGUAUGAAAAAAUUAAGAAAGUCUACGAACUCGAACGAUGGACAUGCGAAUGUACCUGGAGAGCAAGUUUAACACAUCGAGACGCGUACGAAUCAGAAAUUGAAACAAGAAAAUCUUUGAAAACCAUCGUACCGGAAUAUUUCCAUAAAACAAUAUUUGAAAUUAUUCAUCACAAUGUCAAACCAUUGGAAAAACUAGCUGAAGAAGUAUCCAUUUUACUCGGUCAAUCUUUUGUUUUCGGUGAACCAGUCCAAUUUAAAAAACGAAAGGAUACUACAGUUGUGAAAGGUACGGUGGAACGAAUCGAAGAAAAUGAUGAACGUAAACGCAUAUCAGAACGAGCAUCAGCUCAAAUUAAAGCAUUAUCAGAUAAACAAAUAAAAAAUGUCAAAUAUGCGAUUCGACUAGCGGAUGAAAAUCGCGUCAUUAGUAAUGUUCAACCGAAUGAAUUGCAACGAACUAAUUUCGUGCCAAACCGUGAAAAAUUGAAAACAUUUAUUCGUUCGUACGCAAUUCGUCUUGGCAAUCGAGCAGAUAGUCCAUGGAUAUUCUAUGAUGAUUCCAUCCCAGAAAAAUAUCAAAUCAAAGAUCGAAUAUCGCCUACAGAUAUUGACAAAUCUAAAAAAGCAAUGACAAUUACACUUGAUGAAAUUCUUCGUGAACAAGAACGAAUCGUACGUAAACAAACUGAAGAGCAAGCUGCUUUGACUGGUGAAACUAAAAAGACAAAUGAAAAUAAUACUAAUGCCUCAUCGCAAAACGGACAUCAUAACGAUGAACGUAUCGUCUUAUCAGAUGAUGAAGACAAGGCAAAAAGUCCCAAGAAGAAAGUAAGAUCAACUCCAACUACGCCGAAAAAGUCUUCUCAAUCAACAACAACCACUCCAACAAAAAAACCUCGGACAUCAACAAAACAAAAAACACCAACAAAGACGAAGAAACAAUUAACAUUACACGAUAUGAAAUUCGCCAAGAAUUCCACGUCAAAUUCCAAUAAUCUUCUCCUACAGAAGUCUUCUUCGACAUCCGUUACAACUUAUAACAUCGCCGUGCCUUAUUCACUUCUGCAGAAACUAGACAAAACUCGUCGCGAUCGUGGCAUCGAUUCUCGAGUAUUUCAACGUUUAGUUCUUCAUUGUGCACGAACAUUGAAUGAUAAGCAACGUCUACGUUUACCGGAUGAAUAUCGUUCGUUAAUUCAAAGUAAAUAUGAAGAAUUAGAAUUAAAACAGCGAUUAUCAGAAAUGACUGAGCAAGAGAAGAAAUCUUUUCUUCAGACCAAACAAAAACAGAAACAGUUCGAAAAGAAGCCAUUAGAAGAUCUGGAUAUCACAUCUUCGAAAAUGUUACCACAACCGAAACAACUACAACCAUUAAUGACUAUGCCGUCGCAUUACACUGGUGAUCUACUUGUUAUCUGCACAUUUUUCACUUCGUGUCAUUCAUUAUUUUUCUCAACAUUAACUGAUGAUUUACCCAAAACAACGCAACAAUUCUUACGUUCAUUCAAACAUGAGUCUUUGUUACAAGCUUAUCUGACAUCGUCAACAACGCUGUUUUUUAAUCAUUUUAUUGAACUUUUACAAAUCCUAAUGAAACUAUUGUUCAAAGAAGAUGAAAGUCGUUCGAAUCGUGAUGACAAUAAUAAUAAUAAUAAUGAAGAGGAUGAUAAACAACAGCAACAGCAGCAGCAGCAGAUAACCAUUGAUCAACAAGAUAUGGAAACAAAUUCUGGUGAACAAAUUGUUAUUGACGAUGAUAUCGAACAAGCCUACGAUGUUAAAUUGAAUGAUAUACCACUAACACAAUUUACUUGUCAAGAAUUAACACGAUUAUAUUUAUUGAAAGGGAAAGAUGACAAUCAUCGCAAUCUUUUAGAUAAAUUAGCCAAUUCAGAGUCGAAAGAUUUUUCUAUUUUGGAACAAAUCGAUCUUCUCAUGUUAUUGGUGAAUUCCAUUACGAAUGACAGUGAAAUUAUGUCGGAUUAUUUCGAAUACUUAACUCGAACAAUGACGGAAACAUAUCGUGAACGUAAUCAAUUACUCGCCGAACGUCGUAAAGCACAAGAAGAAGAAAGUAAACAGAAGAAACUUCAAUUACAAAACGGUGAACAUGCAAAAGUCAGUUCCAAGAAGACUGGACCAUUAUUAACUCCUAAAAAUAGUAGUGGAAUAGCAAAUGAUGAAAAUCAUCAAUCAUCACCAUCAAUACUUCAUGAUGAUACUGGAGAUAUUGAAAGUGGUGGUGAUGAUGAUCUCAAAACUGUUAUACAAAGAAGACGGCAAAUGGUUGCCAUGUCGAAAGAACUGAAAGAAAAACGUGAAUUAGAAGUACAAAAAUUACAUAAUGAACAAAAACGUGAAUUGGCAAUACAAAAGGCGGAACAAGCUUACCAAGAAGCACUUCUCAACCUUCAAUUUGGUUUUCGUAUCAAACCAUUAGGCUUCGAUCGAAAUUAUAGUCGAUAUUGGUUUUUCAAAGGUCAUCCUGGUUUGUUCGUUGAAAAGGGUUGGAUUGGUUCCGAAAUCAGUUACUCGACUCGUCUCUCCUCUUCGUCAUCAUCAUCACAGGAUAUUUCUUCUCCUCGCUCAAGUUCUGCUGUCAAUGGUGAAAAAUUGAUUCCUAAAGACGAAGUAAAUCUUUGGUGGACGUACGACAACGAAACAGUUAUAGAACAAGUUCUUCAAUCUUUGAACAAUCGUGGCAUCCGUGAACAUGAUCUAUUGGAAAAUCUCAAGAAAAUUAUGCCACUUCUUCGUUCAGAAUUCGAACAGGUGAAAAAACAAAAAGCAUUUGAGGAAAAUCCACCGGAAGAAUCCGUAUUGAAUAAUGAAGCAUCCAACGAUCAACAACAACAGCAACAACAAUCGAAUGACAUCAUCAGUUCGUUUAAAAAUGACCUCGAAGAUAUCGAACAACGUUUACGUCUUGGCUCAUUGGGUGGUUUUAUUGUCAAUGAUAAUCUCAUCGAAUGGCAAACAAAAUUAAAACAAUCAAAUGAACGAGCCGAUCUAGCUGAAUUACUUAUACAGCUACAGCAAACAAUAGCGGAAAAACAUGCAUCAGGAAUCUUUGGUACACAUGAAAAUCGUUCAAAAAGCUCGAAAAACACUUCGAAAAAGAAGGCUCUAGCCAAUAAAUCUUCGUUAACCAAUCAACAUAAUCUACAAAUGUGGAUGAACGAUUGUCGAACAUGUAAAACAUAUUCACGUUUGUAUGUCUUGAUGAUGAUCUUCGAAAAUUCCAUUGCUUGGAGUAAAUCAACGAUCGGCAUCAAAUGUAAAAUAUGUCGACGAAAGCACAAAGAUGAAUACAUUGUUGUUUGUGAUCAAUGCUGUCAAGGGUAUCAUUUCGAAUGUUUACGUGGAUAUACAUUUGAUGAUGUGAAGAAUUCUACGAAUGAUUUAUGGUACUGUCCAGCAUGCCGUCCACAAUCUGUUUCGAGACGACGGAAUGAUAAGAAAUCCGAAAAGAAAGCGAAAAUGGAUUAUUACGAUGCAGAUAUUUAUGAUAUGGAUGUUGAUACUCGAUCAAACCAAAGUAGUCAUGACAAUAAUCAAGAUUUGUCAGAUCUCAAUAGUGAACAAAGUCAUCAGAAUCAUCAUGCAAAUCCUAAUGAUGAUGACGACGAUGGAGAAGAAUCUAAUAUCGAAGUAUUAUGCUGUGUUUGUGGAGGAGAAGCAGGCGAUGACAAUGAAUUAAUCCAAUGCAUCCAAUGUCGAAGUUUAUUUCAUUGUCAAUGUCACGAACCACCAUUGAGAUGUGCACCAAGAUCGACUACAUGGAUGUGUACUAGUUGUCGGAAUGGUGUGAAUAAUGAAACAAAUCUUUCGACUCGUCGAUCACAAACACGUCGACAAAUGGCGAUUAAAAAACGGAAUCAAACAAUGAGAGUGCCAUCACACAGACAGAAUGAAACACGUAGAACAACACGUAAAAAUUAUCGUGAACUUGACGAAGACGAAUACGACGAUGAAGAAGAUGUUGAUUUCGACAAAGAUGACGAAAGUGAUUAUGAACAGGAAUCAAGAAAUCAACGACGUUCAAAACGCUUACGUCGAUCAAGUCCAUCUUUAGCAAUCGACGAUAGUUAUGAUACUCGACGAAGUACACGUCGACGAGUACGUAUUGCACGAUCAUCUUCAUCCUCAGCGUCGUCAUCGGCGGUAUCAGACGAAGAAGAAAUCUUGGCUAAUCUUAAUGAUGAUGAUAACGGUGACGGCGACGAUGAUGAUGAAAUAAGUGUCAACACAAAAUCCUGUCUCAGUGAUAUUGAUACUUCGAACUGUAUAUAA